UCUUGAGAUAACAAAUUCAUCACUAAGUUUCCUGUUGCUCCCCAUUUUAGAAUGCUGCUUUUGAAUUACCUGGGCAAAACUGGGCCAAAAACUCCUUUGAAGGCAGCUGCAACUUUUUCAGUUGGUUGGAAUACUUUUGCUUGCUCUGAGUCAUUGGAGAAACCACUCAACUGGCUGCUUUUUAAUUACUACUUGACAACUUGCCUCCAGUCUUCCGUUAAUAAACACCGGCAUAUGUUUGUGAAACAAAUCGACAUGGACCAUGUCAUGAAGGCUAAAUCCAUCAGAGAGUUUGAUAAGCGAUUCACUUCAGUCAUGUUUGGAUACCAAACUAUUGAUGAUUAUUAUACUGAUGCCAGCCCGAAUCGUAGACUGAAAUCAGUAGGAAUUCCAGUGUUGUGUCUGAAUUCUGUGGAUGAUGUUUUCUCACCAAGUCAUGCUAUUCCAGUUGAAACUGCCAGGCAAAACCCUAAUGUUGCUUUGGUCCUUACUUCUUAUGGAGGCCAUAUUGGUUUUCUGGAGGGAAUCUGGCCAAGGCAGUCCACUUACAUGGAUCGAGUCUUCAAGCAGUUUGUGCAGGCCAUGGUUGAGCAUGGACAUGAACUCUCAAGCAUGUAGCUCUUCAGGUGCAUUUUGUCUGAACCACCAUAUAAAGGCAGCUCAGCUUAGUGCACAAAUCUUAACUACUGUAUAUAAAGCAGAUACGCCAGCAGGUGGUGAAGAGGUCCAGAAUGACAUGCAAAAACUACUUUUUUGGGGAAACAAAACAACUUUGUAGCAAGAAAUGAAAUAUAGAUUUAAAUUGUAACUUAUGUAGAUUUUAUUUUUACUAUGCCUUACCAAGUAUGACCUUAAAUAAAGUAGUCAAACAUGGAAUUGCACUUAACCAAAACUAUUGUGUAAAAAAGAUUUUAAUUCCUCAGGGUUUUAAUUUAGGCUGGUAUUUUUUUAGAUUACUCAUUUUAGGUGACUUAAUGGUACUUUAAUAAACUGUUAAGAGACUUUGGUUAUUUGAAUGUAAGUUAUAAGUUGGCACAUUUCUAAGGGUAUUUAUACCUAAUGAUGAUAAUGUGAAAACUGAAAUAAGAUAAAAUACAAUGCGCUAAAAUCUUUUAUGUAUUCUAACUUUAAAAGGCAAAUGUGACAAUGUUAGACUGAGGUCUAUACAUGCUCUUUUAUUCUGAUAAUAAUAAAUUAAGGCUGAUUUGUGUUUUAUAAUGAUUAUAGUUUACAUGCUUAUUUUUAAAAUAGUAUAUGUGCAUACAUAUAUAUCAAUAUAUUAAAAUAAAUUCUAUCAUUUUAAAUUG